GCACUUUUAAUUAGCAACCUUUCGCUGACUGAUUUGCGCAUGCGCAGCGCAUAAAAGCCGUCAAUCACUGGCCAAAACAUCGAUCGCUUAUCGAAAGCGAAAGUUUACUCUGGUUCAACAAGUGGGCGCUGGUCACUCUUGAUUUUUUUAUCUCACUUGUGUCUUUUUUUUGUGAAAUUUGCUCGCAAUUUAAUUACCUUGAACUGUGUUUAUUGCCAAAAACAGCUUCGUUUGCGCCCGUUUGGUCUGCGUAGUCUGUGUAGUGCGUGAAAUUCAUUCGCAAAUUGUGCGCUAAAAAACAAAAACAAAACCAAGUGUACACUAAAAGCGUAAAAGUGAAAUUUACCGUUAAUCGUUAAGCGGAAAAAAUUUUCAAAAACUAAAAGCAAAAUUGUGCGCCAAAAUGCCUUCGACCGCGCAUCCUCGCUUCAUCUUCUAUCUGCUCUGCGCCGCCUCGCUGCUCGCCGUGGCACGCUCCGAUCCCACCGGCACUCGCAAUCAGCGUCGCUAUGAAGACUCCGGAGAAGAUAUCGCCUAUGAAGCAGCGAAGCAAUUGGGCCAAUUAAACUAUCGUCUCAACCAGUUGGCUUUCGAGGAGCAAUCCCGGCAAAUAUCUCUACCAAAUAUCACGAUCAAUAAUCUAGUGAGCCGCAUACCCUGCACCUGUGACAAGGGUAUAUGCAAAUGCUGUGCUGGAUUUCUCUCCGUAAUCGGCUUAAAUAGCUGCACCGAGGUCGUCUAUCGGCCCGACGAAUUCUCUUUCGAGUUGCGUAUGCGCGUCAAUAAUAAUGUGUGGUUCAAACGUAAGGUCUCCGGUCAGAACCCGCCGCCAUUCUGCUUCCGUCCGCCACGUUUCAACUUUGCGAGGGCCUGCAUACAGUUUCAUGACAUCUGGUUUGUGGGACGAAAUAUGCAUGUCUGCAUGUAUUUGUCGGGCUCUUUUCAAGGCUACGAACUUUUCGAACGCAACUUCGAUUGUCUACUCUUCGGCGAUAAGGGCGUGAAAAUUGUUAAACCGGAGGACGGCUAUCCCGUGCGUCCCACAGACGUGGAUAUCGAUGAUGGUGAUGAUGAAAUCGAGGAGUAUGAUGAGAAUGUGGUGCGCAGAAGACGGCACAGUCGUCUGAGUAAAGUUAUGCGCUCGAGCGAUGAAGCCUAAUCUAUACACAUU